AUGAUAGUUGGGGAUGCUUAUGGAUUUUAUCAGCUUAUUCUCAGAAAGCAUGCUUGCAGGCUACGUUAUAUUUUGCAUCAACUAAACAGCGGUCAACUUCCUUUAGAAGAUCUCAAGCAUAAUCUCGAAUAUGCAGCACUCAUACUUGAAGCUGCUUAUAUUGAAGAAAAUAGGCAAAUUUAUAGACGUAUAUGCGAUGAAGAUGACGAUUUGGCUGAGGUAUCACCUGAAGAAGUGCCUGAUGAAAUUCGUGAAUGGUUGGCUGCAACAUUUACCAGACAAUCAGCAAAACGUGAAAAACCUAAAUUCAAAUCGGUCGCAAAUGCUAUCCGAACAGGAAUUUUUUUUGACAAGUCGGAAAUAAACAAGUGGUCAUUCGAUAGUUUCAAAUUACAUGAGAUAUCUCAAGGUCAUUCAUUAAAAUAUAUGGGCUUUGAAUUAUUUACUCGUUAUGGAUUUUUUGAGCGAUUUAAGAUUCCUUGGCAAACACUUGAAAAUUUUCUAUUAGCAUUGGAAGUCGGGUAUAGCAAACAUAACAAUCCUUAUCAUAAUAUUUAUCAUGCGGCAGAUGUAGCACAAUCAUCGCAUUUCAUGAUGUCUCAAACUGGUUUAGCAAAUAAUUUAACUGAUCUCGAAUUAUUCGCUGUAAUAUUCGCUGCUUGUAUUCAUGAUUAUGAACAUACCGGUCAUACGAAUAGUUUUCAUAUAAAAUCUGGUUCCGAUUUUGCAUUAUUAUAUAACGAUCGAAGCGUUCUUGAAAAUCAUCACGUUAGUGGAACGUAUAGGUUGCUUAAGGAUGAUGAUAAAAAUAUUUUGGCACGUUUCAGUCCCGAUGAAUAUAGAGAACUUCGUAAUCUCGUUAUUGAAAUUGUUCUCGCAACGGAUAUGUCAACACACUUUUUACAAAUUAAAACAAUGAAAAAUAUGCUAACUCUUCCAGAUGGAAUUGACAAAACGAAAGCAAUCUGCCUAAUUGUUCAUGCAUGUGACAUAUCUCACGCAUCAAAGCCAUGGAAAUUGCAUAAGCGAUGGACGGAAGGUGUUUUAGAAGAAUUUUUCCGUCAAGGUGAUUUAGAGGCGAGUAUGGGUUUACCAUAUUCACCUCUAUGCGAUCGGCAUACGGUGCAUGUCGCUGAUUCACAAAUUGGUUUCAUAGAUUUUAUCGUUGAACCAACAAUGGUUAUAUGUGGCGAGAUGUUAAUGAAAAUGGUUGAACCAUUAGUUUCACUCCCACCAUUUUCAAUGGAUGCAAAUAACCAAACUGCUGAAGGUGAUAAUUCGAAUGAAUCUGUAAAUUUGCACUUUUUUUCGCUUUUUCCAAAUUUAUUCCCAUAUUUUAAAAAUUUCAGAAAGGAUUCUCCAGCCCUAAAAUUAAUACGGUCAUUGCCUCUUAAUUAUUUGGGUAAACUGGAAAUUCCGGAUCCAUGGACAGCUUAUAUGCAUGAAAACAAAGCUAACUGGAAAAUACAAGCUGCAAAAGGCAUGAAGAACUUUUAA